GGGGAGGGACCAGGCCUGGCUCCGCCCUUCCCACUUCAGAGCCAUGGAGCGCCCCGGUCCUGGUGGGCCACCCCUGGUGCAGGCGCCCUACACAGUUCUGCUGCUGCCACUGGGGACAAGCCUCCAGGACCCAGGGGCCCAAGGCUUCUUCCUCUGGCUGCAGACGAUGCAGGCCCUGGAGAGGGAACAGGACGCUCUGUGGCUGGGCCUGGAGCUGCUGGAGUGUGGCCAAGCCUGGUUUGCAGAGCGUCUGAGGGGAGCACAGCAACAGCAGCUGCGUCUGGGGGCCCUUGGUGAGGACUUCCUCCUGGACUCCCAAGCAGAGGCUGAUGUCCCCCAGCUAACCCAGAUCCACAAGGUGAACGCUUGUUUGCGCAGCCUGCUUCAGAAGGUCAGUUUAUUGUUUCUAAUUUCCAGGCUUCAGGGGGGGGGGGGCUUACAAAGUCACACAGACCCAGCCUCCCCCACAUCCACUCGCAAGGCUGGUUCCUGCACAGCCCAGGACAGGGGGGAAAUGUCAGGGAAAGAGACCCUGUAGCAGUGGGUAAACUGAGGGGUGAGACCAACCCGACCCGAAGGGCGGGAACCAGUCAGGUUCUCUCUUCUCUAGGAGCUGCCAAAGCAGCAGAAAGGAGUCGCCCAGUCCGUGGGAGAGGCGGCUCUGCCAGGCUCCUCCCAGGGGCAGAA